ACAUUCUCCCUGUUAGCAGAUUAAAGUAUUCAUAAUAUAUCAUGUUAAAAUGGGUCCAAUCGGGACUUUCGGUAGUCGCUGGAACCGCAGAACCAGAAUAUGGAAGAGAAGCUCUUCACCCAGUCACAGAUAAAGUUAAAGAAGGUGAGCCUUGUUAUAGAGAAACCACCUUGAAGGACUUAAAUUGGUUGGGUCCAAACUACACCAAUGUUGAGACUCAAACCUUCUACUUCACGUGCUUGAAGACCGGUUAUACUGGGUUUGCCCAGGUGAUUCACUCCAACAUCAUGGGAGUUCACACCACCGCCCAAUUUACUUUCCGGAUUUACGACGACAAAGGCAAAAAUAACCUUUGGACCUCCACUCAUUUGGAGAACUUCCGUACAGAAGGAUCCAACUUUUAUGCUGACAACAUGUCGAUUGAGUUCAAUGAGGACGGAACCGAGGUGAUUUUGAAGUCAGAUGUCAACCCCGAUUCGGUGGUGGAAUUCACCAUGAAGAGAUUGGUUCCAGGAGUUAUUUUUGGUGGUGAUGGGACGACUUUGUAUGGAGAAGACGUUGAAGAACCUUGGGGCUCCAUGCGUCAUUGUUUCUGGCCGCGGUGUGAAGUCAGUGGUACUAUAGUGAGUAAAGCCUUGGAUACUACUUUAGAGAUCAAUGGGCUUACGAUGUUUGUUAUGGCCUUGCAAGGUAUGAAACCUCAUCAUGCGGCGAAGAGCUGGAACUUUUUGAACUUCCAGUCCGAAAACUACUCUGCCGUUCAGAUGGAAUUCACCACCCCCAGAUCAUAUGCUAAUACUAAGGUUAAUAUUGGUGUUGUUUGUGGUAAAGAUAAAAUCCUUUUGGCCUCGAUCAACAAUGAUGUUGUACACGAGAACGCCGAGAUUGAUGAGGUUGGCUGGCCAGUUCCAAAGGCAAUCACCUUUAACCAUGAUGCUGCUGACAAGUCGUAUCAUGUGGAUGUAAAGGGUGAAUUGAAGUCGUUGGUUGAACGGGUUGACGUGAUGGCUGAGAUUCCUCAGUUCAUCAAGAACAUCGUUAGUGGAGUUGCCGGUACUAAGCCUUACAUCUACCAGUACUGCAAUAAAAUGACCAUCAAUGAUAACAACGUUGCAUCCGAAACUGGAGUGGCCUUUUCAGAAGCAACCUUUAUCUCCGAGUUUGAUUAAUUAUGUUUCAUGUUUGUUUUUGGUUUUUGUUGUCUGCUUAGAGCUAUUAAUGAAUAAUAAUAUACAGUUUAGUAAAAA